ACGUCACUGCGCCCGUUCAAAUCUGAGGGAGCCACAGCUGAGCCGGGUACAAUGACCAAUCAGGAAGAUGCCUGGGAGAGCCUGGAUGCAGAAUUUGACCACUUCCUGGUGGAUAUGAAGCCAUACGUGUUAAAGCGCCCCCGCAGGCUGGAACGCCAGCGAUGUGCCCUGUGGAUCAAGAAGCUGUGUGACCCCUCCGGGGCAGGAACAGGGAUUGCCGGCAGGAAGAACAGGAACCUGUAUGCCAAACUUCUCCUCCACAUGCUGAAACGUGGCGAGCUGGAGGGGCCCUUCACCAGCCAGCCUGAAGACGGCACCCUGAAACCUCUGCCCACGUACAUGUCCAUCUACUUUGAUGAGCCCAUUUCAGCACGGCUUCACAGCACCGGAUCGGGGGAAUUACCGGACUGGGUCCUGUUAGAACUGGAGAUCAGAGGACCAACAUCGGAUGGGUCCUUGAAGUUGGCAUUAAAGGAUGAUCCAGGAUAUUCCUCCUCGCCCUCCCGGUGCAGAAUUUGCGGUGACACAGCCGCCAAUGUCCAUGUUUCCAGCACGUGCCGCUGUUCUUACAAUGUAUCUCUCAUUUUCCUUUUGGUGAAUGUUUCCUCUUUUAUUUUUAGGCUUCAUAAUUCACACAGCUGGAAGCUCCGGAUGCGUUCUCUCAGCCCCACACACCGGUCUCCGGAGGACCCCCUAAACACCCGACCCACGGUGGAGGUCACGGACAGACCCUCGGGGAGUCUUGAUGACAGUGAUGUGGAAGCUCGUAUGAACAGUUGGAAUCUCGGGAUAGAAAAUCCUCGCUAUCUACGGGAAAAGCCUGUGCCUUUAACAUCGAUAUCUCCGGAUUCCCGGCUGAGAAGAAGCUCCGAUUAUCGGGAUGAACAAGCUCUUUCCCGACUACAUAAAAAAGAGAUGGACUUGAAGAUCAAAGCCAUGGAGGCGAAGUUUCAUGAAGAGAAGUUAAAAAUGCAGCAGAAGCACGAUUCAGAUGUACAGAAGAUAUUGGACAGAAAGAAUAAUGAGACCGAGGAACUGAAAACACUUUACAAAAAUAAGCAGAAUGAGAGCGAGGAGACCAUCCGGAGGCUGGAGAAAAAAGUGCAGACCCUGCUGCGUGAGUCCCAGAUCAUCCGAGAGACAAAGGAGGCCCAGAUCCAGGAGCUGAAGAAGAUGUGUGAGCAGAGCGCUGAGAGCCUGAAGAACGAAUGGGAAAAGAAGCUUCAUAUGGCUGUCGCUGACAUGGAACAAGAGAAGUUUGAGCUGCAGAAGAAACACACAGAAAACAUCCAGGAGCUGCUCGAUGACACCAACUCCCGACUUCAAAAGAUGGAGUCCGAGUACGUGGCCCAAACAAAGUCUACUACACACACGGUAAAGGAACUGGAGGUCCGAGUCCAGCAGCUGACAGUGGAGGCUGAGAAUAGCACUUUACAGAGGCAGAGGAUUUCACAGGAGAAGGCCGAGCUGGAGGCUGUGUACCAGAAAGCAAGCGGAGAUCUACAGCAGCUACAGACCAGGUUCUCCUCAACGCAGAAUGAUAAAGAUAAUCUCAUCCAGGAAUAUGAGAAGCGGGCGCAGCAACUUCAGAAUAAGUAUGACUCCGACAUGAACUACAUCACCCAGCAGAACGCCCUGUCUGCCGCUAAGGCCUCGGCUCUCAUAGAGGAAUUGGAGCAGAGUCUCUCCAGCACCAAACAACAAGGAGAAGAGAGGGAGCAUCACAUGCAGAUGGAGAUGAGGGAACAAGAAAGCAGAUUUCAGAAAGAGAAGAUACACAUGGAACAUCAGUGGGAGAAGAAGGUGAAUGAUCUCCAGAAGCAGCUACAAGAAGAGAAGGACGGUGCGCAAAAGAAAAUCUCCCAACUCGGUGAACUCGUACGAGAGAAGGAGAAGCAGGUGGCCCACAUGACAGAGACGCAAGCCAUUCAGGCCCAGCAGGCUGAUUCUGCCCUCGGAGAGUUGAAACGCCAGGUGGAGCUGAACACAGAGAAAGUGUACAGCGAGAUGAAGGAGCAGAUGGAGAAGGUGGAUGCGGACUUGAGCCUAUCAAAAGCCCUCCGAGAGAAGCAGAAUAAAGAGUUUAUCCGGCAGUUGGAGGACGUUAAACAGAGAUACGAGCAGCAGAUUGUGGAACUGAAGCUGGAGCAUGAGGAGGAGAAGACUUACCUCUUCCAGCAGCACAGCGCCGAGAAGGAGGGCAUCAUGAAGGACCAUGAGCAGGAGAUCGAUCGGCUGGACAUACAGCUCCAGAAUACCGUCUCCCAGCACGAGAAGAAGAUGCAGUCGUGGAGAGACAGAGACGCAAAGACCAUCUCGGAGUUGGAGGCUCAGGUGUAUAAGCUGAAGGAGGAGCUGAUCCAGGGGAACGGUCAGCGCAAGCAGCAGCUCUUGGAGUUGGGACACUUGCGGGAGGAGGAGAAGCAGAGGACGGCUCAGGAACAUCACAUGGCGCUCAGCAAACUAAGGAAGGAGAUGGAGGCCACCAAGCUGGAGCUACAGAAGAGACACGCCGCUCAGACCCAGGAGGCCCUGGAGAAGGUGAGGGCCCCCUACACACAGCGCACCCCUUCUCUUCUAGCACUCCCU